AUGGAGUCUGCCACCGCAGUUUGUGCUGAUUGCGAUGCAAGAAAUCCUCAAUGGGCUUCCAUAAAUCGGGGUGUUUUUAUAUGCGAUGAAUGCAAUUCCAUUCAUAGACAACUCGGUCGUCAUGUCAGUCAUACAAAGCAUUUAUAUAAAUCUUUAUGGCGUCCAUCACAAUUAUUUAUGGUGCAAUAUCUAGCUCUUGCCGGUGCAAAUAGGUUUUGGGAACAUGUUCUUCUUGAGCCUCUACUUAACAAGAAACCACUACCUGAUUCUCCGCUUCACCCAACAAAAGCUGAUUUUAUUCGCAAGAAAUAUUUAUUCCACGGAUUUUUUAAACUUCCAAUUGUUAUUCAUCCUGAUGAUCUUAAUCAACAAUUGCAUGCCAGUGUUCGGACUGCAGUUUUAGAUACCAGUCUUUAUCUUCUUGCCCUGGGAGCUGAUCCCAAUUACAUUCACCCGGUGAAAGGUACUUCUCCAGUUCAUGUCGCUUGUCAGUACGAACAAAUCUCUCAAUUGGAAUUGCUGAUUGCCUAUGGUGGUGACGUUUGUCUUCGAUCCAGCAAGGGAAUUUCUCCUCUCGAGGUAAUUUUUUACCUACUUAUUGAUAAAUUUGUAUCAUUCGUUUUUAUUUCAGUUUAUUCUUUGAAAUACUUAUUAAUUCCUGGUUAUCUCCAUUCCUUUUUUUCGUAUACCCUUAAUUGCCUUCCUAAUAGCCAAACGAUCCCUCGAGUCCAACAAAUACACGGAAUUAAGCAGAAGUUCCUAUGCUACUCAAAAUUAUGUUAG